UUGAUUGUGUUCGACUUUAAUAUAGUCGCCUAUGGAUGCAUAAUCAUGUAUUAAUAUUCGUACAUGAUUGAAUUUCAGUAGAAGUAGAUUCAUAUUACUUUUGCGAUAAAUAAGCCCUAAAUAAAAUAGAUCGAUCUUCAGUCGUUGUAUCCAUUAAAAUUUGAAAAAUAUACUUAUCGUUUACUCGCUACUAGUUAUUCUCUUCGAGGUUAAGUAGUAUGAGAAAAGAAACACUUAUAUAUGGUGUUUUAUUGAUGAAUUUAUUUUCAGUGGCAAUAUAAUCAACAUAAUAAAUCGCGGUUCACAAUCAAUAAAAGUUGGUUUCUUUAAAAAUUUGGGCUCAUAUCAACCAUCAUUCGUGGCAGAAAAAGUUGUUACUAUUCUACCAGGUGCAACUGUAACUGUUUCAUUAGCAAAUGGAUGGGAAGGUCGUUUACAGAAAUUGACCGGGGCACCGGCUGAUCCUGCAACAUGGGCUGAAAUUCAUUUCAACGCUUGGCAAGAUAUGACAUUUUGUGACAUUAGCCUAAUUCGAGGAUUUAACGGAGCCAUGGUUUUCUCCAGUGUAGAUGGAAGUCUUCGAACAGGUUUUACAAAUGAUUUGAGACCAGGAGCACCAUAUAAGUUCAAAGUUAAAGAUUCGAAUGGUUAUGAUGUUCUUCAACCCACUGAACCCUUCACAGGUGGAAGAAAUGAUGAAUUAGUUGCGUACUAUCGCGGACAAGUAUCACAAGGAAAUGCUUAUAUUAUUCCCGAUGAUCAUGCUAGUUCACAUGGCACAACUGACAAACGAAUGAAUUUGGAAAUAUACUAA